CUGAGUGUGUCACUCCAAAUGCCAAGAAUUCAGUUUUACCUGAGGAAUUUACAUUUAAACAUCUGCCUUUCAAGAGGCUGGAAAAACAAAAAACGCAGCAUGGAUGACAGAGCAGAGUCUGUCCAGUCUGCAAGGAGUUAUGAUGGACAGUUUGAUCAGCUGCACCGUGCACUGAGGCGGAAGCAGCACCUACUGCGAAGACUCAGGGAGCAGCACAUGCUGGAGGACCUCCACAGACCCCACACCUGGGGAGGGUCACGAAGACAGGACCGGUCCCGUUACUUUAUGGCCCCUCAGCCGCCUCCACCACUCCCAUUCUACCAGCCGACCCCCGUUCUGCCUCCUCCACCUGAGCCUCCACGCAUCAUCCAACAGACCCUCCCCCAGCAGCCCGCCACCAUCAUCCAACAGCUGCCACAGCAGCAGCCUCUGAUUACCCAGAUUCCUCCACCUCAGCCCUACCCAGCGCCACGCUCAGGCAGCAUCAAAGAGGACAUGGUAGAAAUGAUGCUGAUGCAAAACGCCCAGAUGCACCAAAUCAUAAUGCAAAAUAUGAUGCUGAAAGCCAUGCCUCCCUUGGGCAUGUCACCACCUGGGGGGCCCGGUCUCUAUGCACCAACAUAUUUCGGGAAGGUUACCCUGCUUUUGCGAGGCCGGACGUCAAACCAAGGGGAACUGCUGUCCAUCAUCAUCAUCACUAUGAUUCUAACCCUGCAGCACAACACCUGCCACCUAUCAUCGGCCACCCUACAUGGAUACCAGGGGUGCAGUCUGUCCCAGCAGGGCAGGCAGGGGCACAACUACCCUCCAUACACCAUGUAACAGCCCCUUUUACACUCCCACAACUCAAUACGUAAGACUUACAAACAGCAUGUGGUCUUCAUCUGCUAAUAUUAUAGGCACAUAGUGAAUUAUUAUUAUUAUUAUUAUUAUUAUUAUUAUUAUUAUUAUUAUUAUUAUUAUUAUUAUUAUUAUUAUUAUUAUUAUCAUUCACAAUGAAAUGCAUUUGUUUUGAGUCUGUGUUGUGUACAGGACUAAGAUUACCUUCUGAGUAACAAGAAACAAGGAACAUAUUUGACAUGUACUUGGAAAUGAAACCUAGAGAAAAGUUGCAUAACUUUUAAAUCUUCCUUAAAGUAUAUUAUGUAAACUCUGAGCUGGUGGGUUAACAAACAUUUAUAAAAAAAUAAAUAAAUAUAUAAAU